AUGGUUACCAGGUCCAAAAAUGGUGUGUUUAAGCCUAAAGCUUUUCUUACUAAUGCUAGUAACAUUGAUUUAGAACCAUUAAAUGUGAAGUCUGCUCUUGGUAAUCCAACUUGGCAACAAACUAUGCAAAUUGAAUUUCAAGUAUUACUAGACAACAAUACUAGGACUCUGGUGCCAUUCUCACCUGAUAUGGCUGUUGUGAGCAACAAAUGGGUGUUUCGCGUCAAAUAUCAUCCAGAUGGGAGUGUGGAUAGGUACAAGCAAGUAGAUGUGAACAAUGCGUUCUUGAAUGGUGUUUUGCAAGAAGUCAUGUAUAUGCAACAACCUCCGGGCUUCAUCAAUAAAGAGUUUCCUCAUCAUGCUGAUACUAGUUUGUUCUUCACCAGAAAACAUAACAAGUUGUUAAUUGUACUGGUCUAUGUUGAUGAUAUACUCAUCACUAGUGAAGACAAAGCUCAGAUUCAUAGGCUCAUUACUGAUUUGCAUUUACAUUUUGCACUUAAGGUCCUUGGUUCAGUGCAAUACUUCUUGGGUUUUGAGGUUUGUCGAGACUCAUUUGGUUUAUAUCUCAGUCAAAGAAAGUACAUUAAAGAUUUAUUGCAUAAGGUCAAUCUCUCAGAUGCUAAGCCUCAGCCCACUCCCAUGUGCUCCUACUCCAAAUUAUCACUCAGCUCUGGCGCUCUUCUAGCUGAUCCUAAGAUGUAUCGUAGUGUCAUUGGCGCACUUCAGUACCUUACCAUGACCAGACCCAAUACAACUUUUGCUAUAAAUCGUUUAAGUCAGUUUCUUAGUGCUCCCACAACUACUCACUGGGCUGCAUGCAAAAGAGUCCUUCGAUAUCUGAUUGGUACUCAAGAAUUUGUUCCUUGCUUCAAACCUUCCACUCAUCUUGAUCUCCAAGGCUUCACUGAUGCUGACUGGGCAGGAUGCCUUGAUGAUCGUCGAUCUACUUCGGGCUACUGUGUGUUUCUUGGUGGAAAUUUAAUUAGUUGGUGCUCAAAGAAACAACAAGUUGUAUCCAUAUCAAGUACUGAAGCAGAGUACAAGUCCUUGGCCUUGGCCACAACCGAGUUGAUUUGGCUAAAAUAA